AUGAGCACGGACGCGGACGCCGUGCCGGUGGCCGUGGCGCCGGCGAAGCGCCCUCCCAUCAACAAGUACGCCUUCGCCUGCGCCCUCCUCGCCUCCAUGAACUCCGUCCUCCUCGGAUACGACAUCUCGGUGAUGAGCGGCGCGCAGCUGUUCAUGAAGGAGGACCUGAAGAUCACGGACACGCAGAUCGAGAUCCUGGCCGGCAUCAUCAGCAUCUACUCCCUCCUGGGCUCGCUCAUGGCGGGGCUCACGUCCGACUGGCUGGGGCGGCGCUACACCAUGGUGCUGGCGGCCGCCAUCUUCUUCACGGGCGCCCUCCUCAUGGGCCUCGCCCCCAACUACGCCUUCCUCAUGGCCGGCCGCUUCGUGGCCGGCAUCGGCGUCGGCUACGCGCUCAUGAUCGCGCCCGUCUACACGGCCGAGGUGGCGCCCACCUCCUCCCGCGGCUUCCUCACCACCUUCCCGGAGGUGUUCAACAACUUCGGCAUCCUCCUGGGCUACGUCUCCAACUUCGCCUUCGCGCGCCUCCCCGUGCACCUCAGCUGGCGCGCCAUGUUCCUCGUCGGCGCCGUGCCGCCGGUGUUCCUCGGCUUCGCCGUCCUUGCCAUGCCGGAGUCCCCCCGGUGGCUGGUCAUGCGGGGCCGGAUCGAGGACGCGCGCCGUGUCCUCCUGAGGACCUCCGAUUCGCCCGAGGAGGCCGAGGAACGGCUCCUGGACAUCAAGAAGGUCGUCGGCAUCCCCGCGGACGCGACGGACGCCGAUGAUGUCGUCGCCAUCGUGCGCGCGAACGAGACCGCGCGCGGGCAGGGGGUGUGGAAGGAGCUGCUGAUAAACCCGAGCCGGCCCGUGCGCCGCAUGCUCGUCGCCGGCCUCGGGCUCAUGUUCAUCCAGCAGGCCACGGGCGUGGACUGCGUGGUGAUGUACAGCCCGCGGGUGUUCGAGAAGGCAGGGAUGAAGAACAGGACCAACUCGCUGGGGGCGUCCAUGGCGGUGGGCGCGUGCAAGACCUUCUUCAUACCGAUCGCGACGCUGCUCCUCGACCGGGUCGGCCGGAGGCCGCUGCUGCUGGCCAGCGGCGGCGGGAUGGCCAUCUUCCUGUUCACGCUCGCCACGUCCCUGCUCGCGUCGGGGCUGGGCCCCGUGGCGUGGGUGUACUGCUCGGAGAUCUACCCGCUGCGGCUGCGCGCACAGGCCGCCGCCAUCGGCACGGGCCUGAACCGGCUCAUGGGCGGGGCCACCACCAUGUCCUUCCUGUCGCUCAGCGAGGCCAUCACCAUCGCCGGGAGCUUCUACCUGUACGCCUGCGUGGCGGCCGCCGGGUGGGUGUUCAUGUACUUCUUCCUGCCGGAGACGAUGGGCCAGAGCCUGGAGGACACCGGGAAGCUCUUCGGCAAGGACAUGGACGACGGCGACACCGACGACGGCGGCGUCGUGCACCACGAGCGCAAGAGGUCCACUGAGCUGAUCACUCAGCAGUAA